AUGGCUGCUGAUUCAAUUACGGGAUGGAUCAAACCCCAUCUGGAUUAUUAUUAUUGUCCGACCAGUGAUUCGGCCCGACCCCAGAAGCCGGAGCUUGUCCCGGCUGAAGAUGAGCCUCUCAUGAAGCUCUGGGCCCACGGAAGCCCCAUAUUGCCGGCGGCAUCAUACUGGCCGCCGCCGAAAUUCGGGAUUCCGGCCAGAAACGAACCUCCGGCGAAGAAAGAACCGCCGACGCCGCCGUUGCCGGUGGGCGGCAGGAUCGGAGCCCUCAGCGCCCCCGGAUUUGGGCGGGGAGGAGGGACGGCCAGCGGCGGAGGGGCGGGUCGGGGCACUCCGGCGACGCGGGCCGCGGCGGCGGCGGGUCUUGGGCGGCGGGCGCGGCGGGUACCGCCGCCGACGGGGACGUUCCUUAGGGUUCCGCCUUGGGUCCAAUACCUCCGGCAAGCCUUGCAGAACGUGGGCACUUCUGGGGCGGCGGCGGUGGGUGGUUGGGCUGGUGGUUGCCCAUCUCCGGCCGCCGCCGAGGAGGAGGCGGCGGCGCUGGCUGCAUCGGUGGCAAAAUUACAUGCGGCAUUGAGAGCGAGAGAGAAUUGA